CCCGCACAGCGGCCGGUCAGACUCAGACGGUCGUCGUCUCCUCUUCGAAAACGGCUUCUUCUCUUCGCUCUCCGCAACGCGACGCCGCCGCCAUGGCACCGCACCAGAUGCACUCCGCCGUCGUCUCCUCCGACCGGUACUAUCUGCGCGCCAUCCUACCCGAGGACACGGAGGAGGUGUUCGACUUCCUCGUCAAGUACUACUACCCGCACGAGCCCAUCAACCAGAGUGUCAACCGCAUACCCGUCAAUAUCUACCAGUGCAGCCACGGCGAGACCAUCAAGGAGGGCUUCUCGCUCAUGGCCGUGGACAAGGACUCUGGCAAGCUCAUCGGCGUCUCCAUCCAAGGGCUAGCGCGACCCGGCGAGGACGAAGACAUCCUCCUGCGCGCGCAGGCGGUGGCACACUUCGGCGCCGUGAAGGUGGCUAAGUCGUUCGAGAUCCUGGCCGUGCUGGAGCGACAGGCCGACAUGUGGUCGAGGCUCGGCGUGGACCGGUCGCUGCGCGUGCUGGCCACGGCCGUGCACGCGGACUACCAGGGCCUCGGCCUGGGCGGCGCCUUCGUGGUGGCCUCGGCCCGGCUGGCGCAGAAGCACAUGAUCCCCUCGCUGUCCAUCAUCACGAGCAGCUUCUACUUCGCCAACGCGUGCAAGCGCCUAGGGGGCGAGCUGAUCCACAGCGUGCGGUACGCCGACUUCACCGACGACCAGGGCGUCCCGCACCUGCCCGUCGCUGCCCCGCACGUCGCCGUCACCAUGUGGUCCUUCGACCCGGCCGACCUGGCGGGCAGGGACUCGGCGGCGCGCGCGCCACGAAGGAGGUCCGCCGCGGCCGUCUAGCCCGCCCGCCCGAAACUGACUUGUAUGACACUCAUGUGAUAAAGGACCGCAGCACUGCUCGCGUCAGAACAAAACGAAUCUCGCUGUUACUUUAAUUAUUUUAUUUUAUUUGGUAAAUUGGUUCUUUAAUUUUGUGUUAUGUUAUGACAUAUACUUCUUGCCGGAGAGUAUUGCGCGCGAACUCGUGGGAUAUGCGUGCGACCAAAUAAAGGGGUGGACUGCACCCCUAGUUUUUGUA